AUGCAUGCAUGUGUUGUAUCAGAGACUGCGGUUGGUCUGUGGAGGAUGUUUGAGCCCAAUUUCGAGGGCAAAGUUGAGCUGAUUCCGGUUGAGCUACGGGAAGGUUUCAAUCUAGAAAUUGUUGGCAACUUCCGCGUACCCAAACGUGACGUGUUGAAGGCACCUGUACCAGAAGGAGAAAAAGCUGUCCUUGCGGACUUGGGGAAGUUUGAAAAGCGCAUCCCCAAGAAACAUGUGGAGAGGAAGCAGGUGAAGAAAACCACGCGGGGUCGUGGUAAGGAGAAGACUGAUGGCUCAGUUGCCCCUCCUCUGGUGUCUCAGGCCGCACAACCACAAGAUGCAGGAUUUUCUUUUUUUGAUUUUCCUUUGUCUCCCUCGCAUACCGCUGCUGCGGAUGCGGGGGUGCCAAAGGAGCCUGCGGUGCCAAAGGAGCCUGCGGCACCUUUUGUUGAGGUGAUUCCUGAUCCCACCGUGCAGGUGGAGAAGACGGUGGAGAAGACUGUUUCCCAGAUAUUUGAUACUGUGCUAGGCCGCGGGGAAGAAGAAGCUGCUCGUUUGCGGGCCGAAGCAGAAGAGUUGGUGAAGGCUGCACGUGCGGGUGCGGAGCAGCUUGAAAGAGAUAGAGCUGCUUUUGAUAAGCAGAAAAAGACUGCAGAGUGGGCUGCAGCGAACGCUGCUUUGGGCAAAGAGAAGGCUGCAGCUGAGGUGGUUGCGGUUAAAGCCCAACAGGCGGAGGCCCGGGCUGUAAAGGCGCUUGAAGAGGCCAAGGAAGCGGGGGCUCGUGAUGCAAAGGCCCUUAAGGAGGCCAAAGAGAGGGAGAGUCGCUCUUCUAAGGCUCUUGAAGAGGCUGAAGUUCAGACUCGCGAGGGUAAGCUCGCAGAUAUCACUGCCCGCGUGACUGUAGCGGAGGAGCGGGCAAACGCAGCUGUCGAGGCCAGGGAUGCCUUGACGUCUUCGUUUAACCAGCUUGAGGCUGAUCGUGAGUGGAUGCGGUGUCACGGCAUUGCACGUGUAAGUACUCCAUGCCUUUGA